AUGGAAACGACAACUUCCAACUACCAAAAAGAAACAAAAUUAUUUCCAAAUUCUGAUGAUUUUUCGAAAUUAAAGUUUUAUAAUCUGAUGUUAGAGCUAGAAAAGUUCGCACGACCAAGUCUUCAGUUUCAGUACUUUUUAUCAAUUUUUGGAAUAGUGUUGACAAUAUUACAUUUGGUUAUACUGACUAGAAAAGGAAUGAUGAUGUCCUCAAUUAUCGCAAUUAUGAUUGGAAUUGGAAUUUGUGAUUUAAUUGCAAUGAUUGCCACAAUACAGUCGGUUGACUUCUUUUUCGAUGAGGAGGGAACGGAUUGCUGCUCAAAUGUUCCUUCAAACACUCAAUAUACAAUUCAUACACAAAAGCGCUCUUAUCUUUUUACAAUGAGCAAUGAGGUUUUCGGAAAAUCCUAUAUGCUUAUCAAUGGGAUCAUAUCAAAGAUCAUUCCUUGUAUUCUACUUCCAUUGCUCACAUUUUUACUAGUUUUGGAGCUUCGGAGAGCUGAAAUAAUUAGGAAGACUUCAAAUUUCACUAAACGAUCUGAAAAUAAUGGAACUGAAAAAACCACUGGGCUUGUGAUUUUUAUGACCGUCUCGUUUUUUGUUCUAGAACUUCCGAUCGGAAUUUCUUGGUGUUUUCAAGUGGCUUACACUGAUUUGGGAUUUUUAUACCUCGCCACCUAUUUGAACCACUUGUGUAAUUCGAUUUUCAUUAUAAAUGCUACUUUUCAUGGAAUUGUGUGUUUUAUGAUGUCAAGUCAGUAUCGUGCAACAGUUUGGAAGAUUUUGAGAUUGAAUAAAGAUCAACCAGCGACCUCAAAUAGUACGCAAUUGUCAAGAGUGGAAAACAUUUGA